GGGCGGGCACUGCUGGCGACAUGGCCGACACGGACCCGGGCUAUCCCCGCUCGUCCAUCGAGGAUGACUUCAACUACGGCAGCUGCGUGGCGUCGGCCAGCGUGCACAUCCGCAUGGCCUUUCUCAGAAAAGUCUACAGUAUCCUCUCUCUGCAAGUCCUCCUGACUACAGUGACCUCUGCCCUGUUCCUGUAUUUCCAAGCUCUGCGGACAUUUGUCCAUGAAAGCCCUGCCUUAAUUGUGGUGUUUGCUCUGGGAUCUCUGGGCUUGAUCUUUGCACUGACUCUGCACAGACACACGCAUCCUCUGAACCUCUAUCUACUCUUUGCAUUUACACUGUCAGAAUCCCUGGCCGUGGCAGCUGUUGUUACCUUCUAUGAUGUAUAUCUGGUUCUGCAAGCGUUUAUAAUGACUACUGCAGUCUUUCUUGGCUUGACUGCCUAUACUCUACAAUCAAAGAGAGAUUUCACCAAAUUCGGAGCAGGGUUGUUUGCUGGUUUGUGGAUUUUGUGCUUGGCAGGAUUCUUGAAGCUGUUUUUUUACAGUGAGACGAUGGAGCUGGUCUUGGCCUCUCUAGGCGCCCUCCUCUUCUGUGGGUUCAUCAUCUAUGAUACACACUCGCUGAUGCACAGACUCUCUCCCGAAGAGUACGUGAUCGCUGCCAUCAGUCUCUACAUGGAUAUCAUCAACCUCUUCCUGCACCUGUUGAAGUUUCUGGAAGCAGUUAAUAAAAAGUAACCGAGCAGUGUUCAGAGACAGUUCUAUUAUGAAAGACGCUUGAAUUAAACUUAAAUGUUAAUAUUAAAAGC